AUGGAAAACAUUUUCUGUGCGAUUGUGAGCGAUCUUGCCAGUAGAUCCAUAUCUUUCCUGAUCAACAAGUGUUCUGAGAAGAGGCACCAGCCGGCCGCUGAGAAGAGGCUGCAGCGUCUGCUGCUCCGGGCCCGUAUCAUCGUGGAGGAGGCAGAUGAACGGCUCAUCACAAAGCAUGCCAUGCUGCAGCAGCUGAGCAUCCUAAGGAAGGAGAUGUACAGAGGCUACUACACCCUCGACAGAUUCAGGCGCCAUGGCCAUGAAGAAGGCAGCACCAAAGAUCACAAGGUUAGUGAUGACAGCUUUGCAGCAUCCAGCAGCUUCAAUCCUGCCAAGCGCAUCCGGUUCUGCAGGGUCAGUGGCCAGAGUUCAGAAGAGCAGCUGCUGCUGCAAGUUCUUGGCUGCCUUGGGGUCACCAUUGAAGACUCGAGAGAACUUGUCAUGCUCCUGAGCAGUUGCCCACGUUUGUGCCAUCAGCCAUACAGCAUGCACCUGCUUCUAGACAUCGCUUUGUUCAAUCGUCAGACGGAGAUGGAGCACAUCAUGAGCUUCCUGCUCAAGGAUGACACUCCUGGUGCUGAAAGUCCUGCUGUCCUGCCGAUCGUUGGCCCAUGUAAGGUUGGUAAGAGCACCUUGAUUGAGCAUGCCUGUCGCCACGAAAGGGUGCGAAACCGCUUUCGUCAGAUUGUAUCUUUCAGUGAGGAUGAUCUACAAGAUGCAAGCAUGGUGACUCUCAGAGAUUGUGGUGUAAUCAAGCAUCAAAACCAUGAAACUGGUGGAGCAGAAAGGGUUCUGAUCGUUAUCGAACUAACCAGAGACAUCGAUGAGAGUGCCUGGAGUAGAUUGUACUCAGCUUCCAAGAGCUUUGUUGCCAAUGGUAGCAAAAUCAUAGUCGCAAGCCGGUCUGACAAGAUUGCCAGGUUUGGAUCAAACCAAACUCUUAGAGUAAAAUACUUUACCCAAGAAGCUUACUGGUACCUUUUCAAGGUUCGCACAUUUGGAAGCGUAGAUGCAGAGGAGCACCCAGAGCUGGCAUCGAUCGCCAUGGAUGUGGCCAUGGAGCUGAACGGGUGCUUCAUGAGUGCAAGCGUCUGGACUGCACUGAUGAAAGCUAAUUUCAACGCUGAGUUCUGGAGCAUGGCUCUGUCGAGCAUCAGAGAGUACAAGCACACGAAUUUCCUAGUGUACGGCGUGCACCGUGAUUAUCCUUGGCAGGCGACUGAACCAGCGUAUGUUAGGAGAGUGAACAAAAAUCCCUCUGAAUAUCUCGUGAUUUCUUACGAGUAUCAGACAUGUUCUCCUGCUCGUGAUGCUGAAGUUUCCGAGCUGAAUAUGCAAGAGUUUCUCUUUGGGAGUGUCGUGCGUCAAGGCAAAAAGUUCAAGGUUGUCGCAUGGAGAUCUCACCUUCCGCCUCACUACAACUACAUCUUCACAUGUGAGGUCUGGUCCAUACAGAGUUCAGGUCAUAGGGCUGCCAGGAAGAGAUCUCAGAAGCUUUGCACCUGACCUGAUCAUCUCAACGAACUGAGCUGGAUUGAAGUAAAAGAAGACUACCCUGGCCUAACACAACCUCGUAUGUAUAGGCCAAUACCAAUUGAAUAUCAUCUGGUACUACUGAGGUAUCAUCCCUAGUACCUAUAUAGCAUUAUUCUUUCCGAAUGUGAUGUUGUGCUAUACUAGUCAGAUUAAUUACUAUUCUAGUGCUGAUGUGUAUCGUCGGUAUCUUGAGUAGUUACCGAUAAGACAUCAGC